GUAGUGGGGUCUCUGCCUGGCUCCCAACAUGUCUGGGGCGGAGGUGCUGGACAUCCAGGGACCUGCAGGCGCUACGGAAUGCACGGGGGAUGUCCCGUCUCUUAAAGAAAUCGAGCAGCUCCUGAACACCGGGCGGCCCUCUUGCAACCACGUUGAUGAAGUAUGGCCUAAUCUCUUUCUAGGAGACCUAGUAACAGCUCACAACAGAUUUGUUUUGUGGAAGAUGGGUGUGACCCACGUUUUAAAUGCUGCCCAUGGCACAGCCUACAGCCACGGAGGCCAGGACUAUUAUGGAGCGACCAUUCAUUAUUAUGGUGUCCCAGCCCAUGACCUGCCAAGCUUUGAUAUAAGCCAGUUCUUUUUCUCUGCAGCACAAUUUAUCCACAAAGCCUUGAACACACCAGGAGCUAAAAUAUUGGUACAUUGUGCAGUUGGAGUAAGCAGGUCCGCUUCUCUGGUCCUAGCAUAUCUCAUGAUAAAUCACCACCUCCCAUUAGUUGAAGCCAUCAAAAGAGUGAAGGAGCAUCGAUGGAUUUCACCCAAUCGUGGCUUUCUGAAACACCUGCGAAAUCUGGAUGUUCAGCUACGGCAAAAGAAAGACUGCUGACUGGGCAAACCUAUUUACAUUCACUUUACUGAGUUUCAGCCUUCAUAGUUAUUGUGCAUAUACCACUUCCUAUGGUCAGUGCCUGUUACAAAAAUGAAGAAAAAUAUGCAUCAAAGGUCAACAGAACUGUAAAUGGAUUAAUUUUGAUAGCUCAGUUCCUCCAAGACCAGCACAGCCAACAUCAGCACUGUAAACACUGUGUGCUGUGGAGCUGCUGUGCCUACAGUGGUGCUACCAGAUGAAUCCACUGAAGUGGUUAAGAUGGACUGAGUUUGUUCCUGGUUUGUGCUAAUGCCAGAGGAAAGUUCAGUCAUUGCAUCUAGCUGUAAAUGAUGUUUGAGUUGCCUUUAAUUGGGAGGGUAACAAAGUCAUCUUCAUCAGUUUGGUUACAGUUCUCACAUGCAUGUUCUCGUAAGAAAAGCUUUUUGUGUUUCAGGCCUGCUUAUGUGGCAAGGGCAGUUUCUUAAGAGCCCAGGGACUCCUACAGAAACAUUCCUCUUUCACUGAUCUGCUAAAUAUUACAAUGCUGUAGAAAGCUUUGACAGCCAGAAGACCCACACCAGCAGAAUAAACGUCUGUGAAACUCUCUGCA